AUGAAACUUGGCGUAGGAACCUCACGUACGGGUAAGAUACCGUUGCUCUUACCCUCGCUGCUACUGCUGAGCAGUCUUCUCUGGUGCGAGACGAUCGCCUACAGAAACGCUCCUACGAAGGACGUUAGUGAGAAACUGGUGGCGGCCAUCAAUGAUCUUGGCCGUUCGCUAGGGAAGCAACUAGAUUCGAACGGUGACGACAGCACAAAGGCUGAGAUUUUCUCGCCAGUAAGCAUCGGAACCAUGAUGUUCUUACUACUACGCAUUGCUAAUGGAAGCUUGCGGAACGAACUUCUCGCAAUGCUGGGCCUGAACGGAGUGGAACAUAUUACGAAGAAUUUCGGCCACCUGCUGGAGGAGUUAACGAGCGACAUAGCCAGCAAUGGUAUACUGGAUGAGCUUCCCGGUUGGCACACCAAACAGUCUUGCUAUCCACCGGAGUAUGCCGACGAAUACGAGGACUACAUUGACGAGUCUAAUCUUUCCGAACCGGUCGACCCGAAUAUCAUACGGAUUGCCAACGGAAUGUUCGUGCAGGAUGGUUUGAUACAUAACAACACCGAUAUGGUGGAGCUUGCUAGGCAGCUCUAUAAGGCACGGAUUGCGAGGGUAGACUUCCGCCAGCAGCCAGAGAACGCGCGGAACAGCAUCAACCAGUGGGUGGACAGUAGUACUAAUGGCCGGAUUAAGGAGAUCCUUCCCGCCAGCUUACCGCGCACUACCCAGCUGGUGCUUGCCAGUGCCCUCUACUUCAAGGCCAGCUGGGAAACGUUCUUCAAUGACCCGCAGUACACGCGGAACCAGCCCUUCUUCCCGGACGGUGAGGAUAAGCCUGCCGUCGAUGUGCCCACCAUGUUCACCGGCGGGUGUUUCCCGUACUUCGCCUCAUCCGAGCACGACGCCAGCAUCAUGGCCUUCCCGUACCGCAACCGUACCACCUCGAUGUACAUCAUCCUGCCGAAUGCGUCCAACCGGGAGAAGGUGCGCGCCUUGCGGGCGAAACUCGGUGCAGCCGAACUGGACCAGCUAAUCGGCCAGAUGGUGCGCCGGAAAGCGAUGGUAGUGUUUCCCCGGAUGCAUGUUAACAGCCACUACAACCUUCGCGAUUCCCUGGAACAGCUUGGCGUCAAAUCGCUGUUCGAUCCGACUAAGCGGAAUUUCAAAAUCGAACAAUCUCCCAAGGUAAAGGGCAAGCCCAGGGACCAAGACGCGGUCAAGAAAUCGCCGAAGCUGUACGUCGACUCGAUGGUGCACCAGGUCGAUCUGGAGGUGAACGAGCACGGCACCGAGGGUGGGGCCGUCACGAUGGCCGUCAUGGAUCGCUCAGCGCCGCCGGUAACCUUCCGCGUGAGAGGACCCUUCCUAAUCGCCAUUCGACACGACCCAACAAAAAUGCUCCUAUUCUACGGCGCCGUCUACGAUCCGUCCUAAGCAUUUCACACACCAUGAUAGGCAGAAGGCUAGCCUUAUCGGUUACAUGACCGUGGAUGAACAGUUGUAGCAACAUAUCGGUGUCAUGAUAAUGCAUUGCAUCGCUCCUUGCAGGUCAAUGCAUUCCAUUCCAAGGCAUGUA